AUGGGUUACAAAGGGGGCGUCAACGAGAAGGUCGCUGACGCCAGGGCCGCCAAAAAGCAGGCGGCUCAGCAAGCAGCGCAGAAGGCCGCCUCGGCCAAGGAGGACGGCUACUGGGAUGCACAUGCCAACCCCAAGGCGAAACGUGAUGUGAAAAAGGAGGAGCAGGAGCGCCAGCGUGAGGAGGCUGCCCGCAAGAAGGCAGAGGCGAAGCGGCUGGCAGCAGAGGAGGAGGCGGCAUUGGCUGCAGCUGCAAAGAAGAAGUCGGCCAAACCAGCAGCCCCCAAGUUGACAGCGCACCAGCUGGCGCAACAGCGCGAGCGGGAGCAGCGGCAGCAGCAGCAGUUGGCGGCGCAGCGGGGGCAGGAGCGCGUGGUGGGUGAAGCCGAGUAUGUGGCAUCCAUUGAUGUGGAGAACAGGAACAGAGAGGAGGGCGUGGUGGAGGCGCGCAGCGUGGAUGCAGCGCUAGAGGCGCUUACGCUUGAUAGCCCAGGCGCCGACCGACACCCAGAGAAGCGGGCCAAGGCGGCUUGGGAGGCCUACUAUGCAGAGCAGCUGGAAAUCCUGAAGCAGGACAAGCCUGGGCUGCGGCUCAUGCAGUACAAGUCGAUGAUCUUUGAGCGAUGGCAGAAGGACCCUCGCAACCCUCGCAACCAGCGCGUCGAAAAGUAG